GCUGUGUGACAGAAGCUUCCCUGCUGGAUCAGUAUGUCCUCUAUCCUGGAUAUUCACACUCUCUAUCAGAAUUUGCGCAACCUGGAUCUUUCAGAAGAUCUUGAUUCUCCAAGAGAAGGGAAAUUACUUAGUACUCAACGGAGACAUUCCUGUACCCCUGACCUCGAUGAUCUGUACAGGCCCUCAAUUGAUUCUUGGAACUUUGACCUUCCACGAGCCCCAUUCCGAAGUGACCGUUCGAUAAGCCUGACAGAAGGACCACGGUUGACAAUUCCUGCUCCUCCACCUGGAUUUCCACCCCUCAAGACUGCUCUUCCUGCAUUACCUGCCCCCUCUCCUCGCUACAAAACAGAACUGUGUCGCACAUUCUCUGAAACAGGCAUCUGUAAAUAUGGAGCUAAGUGCCAGUUUGCCCAUGGCAAGAUAGAACUUCGAGAGCCAAACCGUCACCCAAAGUAUAAGACCGAGCUAUGCCACAAGUUCUACUUGUAUGGAGAGUGUCCCUAUGGAUCACGCUGCAAUUUCAUCCACCACCCCAGUGAGCAAGGAACUUCCCAGCACGUGUUGCGGCAAAGCCUCAGCUAUUCUGGUGUGCCAAGCAAGAGGGGUUCCCCACCCCCACCUGGAUUACCAGACCCUGCUGCCUUCUCCAGAGCACCUUCAGUUUCUCCUCCACCAUCCUCUGAGCUGCUCUUUUCUCCAAUCCCCACUGAAGCACGAAGCCAUGUGUCUUCACUGAGAUCAGCCGAUUCUUACUCACAUUGCUGCUCAUGUCGUUGCUCCAGAGCAGGAACAAUCACCCAGGAUCUCCUGUCUACCCACAUGCUCCUGCGCUCACCUUCAUGCAGCUCACUGCCAGAGACUGAAUGCUACAGCAGUGGGUCAGAAUCUCCAGUUUUUGAGCAGUCUUAUCAUUCACCUCCUCCACCUACUAAGAGGCUACCAAUCUUCAACAGGUUGUCGGUGUCAGAUUGAAACAGGGAAAUACCCUAGCCUAGCAGCAGUUGGGGGGAUACAGUUUUCUUGUUAAAUCGCACUAACACAAUCAUGUCCUUAGAUAGCAACAAGGUACUCUGAGAGUUAUUUCUCCAGCAGACAAGUUGGAGGCUUCAGGGAUCUUCCCAGAUUACCUUGAGAUGUUCUCAGGAUAAGAAAAACCAGCCUAGCACCUUCUUGCCAAUUCUUCGGCAGAACUGAGUUCUGUCUCUGUAGUCAAUGUGUUUUUGCAUAUGAUUGAAGGAAAACUAUAGCCAAAACACUAGCUGCUUCUAUAUGAAUAAGUAUUUUGCAACAUACAUUUGUGGAAGUGGCUCUUCACCUCCUACUACAAUUUUAUUGUAAAACACAGCCAGAUAUUAGUCUUAGAGAUCAUAAAGCAAAAGAAAACUGUUCCUGCUCAACAUCUUAAAAAGUUCUUAAAUAAUAUUUGCUAUAUUCUUCAAAGACACCUAUAUAUAUAUAUAUAUAUAUAUAUUUAUAUAUAUAUAUAUAUAUAUAUAUAUAUAUAUAUAUAAUCAUACUUUUUCACAUAGGAGCAUCAUGUGCCUAAGCUAUAGUUUUUCCUUAACUUUUUUUUCCAUAAUAUGCAUGAAACCUUUUCAGAGGAUACAUCCCUGUGUCUCAGAGCUGAAAGAUAUUUAUUAUAGUUAUUAUGAAUAUUGUUUAAGGGCCUUAGUCUCUCAAAUGUGCAAGUGCCCUGAAUUAUGUAGCAGAACAAGGUACAAUGUGCAGGCCUCCAGUUGCACCCUGUGUUUUGGCUGGUUCCAAACAUACAGAAGUGUCACUUGGUCUGGACCUGUAGCUGUGCCCUGGAAACUCCACCCAACCCCAGAAUUCCUAUCCCAUUGCAGAGGGAAGUACUAUAAUGUGUAGCUAGCCUAAUUUACCUGAGCUUCUGCCCACAGCUCACAGCUUCAUGUGCCUCUCUACAUAUAAUAUCCAAGCACUUGCUGUAGAUAAACUCUCAUCUAAACAUAGCAUGGACACACACUGAUGUGAAUAAUAGUACAGAUGCACUCUGCUCUUUGUGUAAUAGAGACAUAACCUUCUCUGUGCAAACUAAAGAUACGUGGCUCCUUUAACAUAGAUACUGCUCUACAUAAAUAUAGAUAUAUAUCUAUAUACAUAAAUAUCGAUGUACCCUGUCUUUGUAUAAUGCACAUAUUGGUCUGUGUAAAAGAUAUUUCUAGUGUUGUGUGUAUAAGAAACUUCAGCACAUGCUGCUUUGCUUAUAAUACAGCACCCAGCCCAUCAGACAGACUGUAGACACACACAGAUCAUAUUCAGUGCUUGCUAGUUUUUAAACUCCAUUGCAUUGGACUAUGCUACUGUCUUUGAUGAUCCAUGGUGCAGGGUUAGGCACGCAUUGCAGUACUUCCUAGCAGCAAAGGGUCAUUCCUAACAAUGUGUGUCCUACCUCACAGUUACACUGACAGGUCCUUUCUGGCAAUCAAGGAGUUAAAAUCAGGCACAAACAAGAAAUGUAGGGAGCAGAGAAACUUUAUCAGCAAAACCUGAUACUAAUUCAUACCUUGAUCUUUAACCUUAAAGUGUGCUUCUUCUAACGUGUAUUAAUCUAUUUAUAUCAUAUUUAUUUUUAAAAAUGAAAAAUAUAUUUAUCAUUUUUUAUUAUUUUGUAAAUAAUAUCUAUUUGUCAGCAUUUGCAAUGAGUUUAUAAUCUGAAAUAAAGAGAUUUGCAUACAAAG